UGCAAGACUACUAGCCUAUUUAUAUUCGGUUGACUUCAAGCAUAACUAUUUUAUUAUCUGCACAGAUUUGUGUAUCGGAAGCAAACCACACUCGUCCUAAAGAAGGUUGGGCUCUUAACGAAAAUACAGAUACAUUAUUGCAACAAUAACAUAGGAUUAUGGAUGUUUCAGCAUCGUAUUUUGGAGAAGCUAUUAAUAUACAAAUUCUUCUGAUUGGAGUAGUCACUUUAUUGCUCGCACGAUGGCUUAUAACUAGAUCGAAAUAUAAUUACAAUUUACCCCCGGGUCCAAUAGCCUUUCCAAUUAUUGGAAAUAUUCCUCAGAUGGCUACAACCACAGAUAUUAAUUUAAAGAUGAAGGAACUUCGAAAACAAUUUGGAGGUAUCUUUAGACUCAAUUUUGGUUCUGAAACCUUCGUGAUUGUAUGCAAAACGGAAUGGAUUUUAGAAGGAUUGGUAAAGAAAGGAGAUGAAUUCAAAGGAAGACCCUUCUGGAUGUACCUAGCGAAGAUAAUAACCCAAAAGAAAGGAAUCGCCUUUAACACUGGAAAAGAAUGGAAGGACUUGAAAAAGUUUACUAUUUCAACACUCCGAGAUUUAGGAAUGGGUAAGAAAAAGCUAGAAGAGCAGAUAUAUUUGGAAAUCCAGACUUUAGCCGAUGCUUUUCAAUCUCACAAUGGUAAACCGUUUUCUCUGAAAGAUCCGCAGGCACAUUUCUCUUUGAGUAUUGUGUAUUAUAUAGUAUUUGGUGAAAGGAUCAGAUUUGGUGAGCCAGAGUUUCAAGAAAUAGCUGAUGACUUACGAUUUUUCUUCAACAAUGUAAGUGCAUUUAUGCCAGAGAAUUUCUUUCCAUUCCUGAGAUUUUUCCGAUGGAAUUCUCCCCUAGAACAAAUUAUCAAGAACAACAACAAGAUCCGAAGUUAUAUAAAAGAGAAAAUCAGGGAACAUAAGGAAACAUUUAAUGUCGGCGACAUAAGAGAUUUCAUUGACGUCUACUUACUCACACUUGAGAAGGAACCAAACAGUGAAUCUUUAUCUGAAGAGAAUAUUUUCCAGGCGAUUAUGGAUCUUUUUAUGGCUGGAACAGACACAACAUCUACCAUUGUUAAUUGGGCUUUUGUUCAUAUGGCCAAAUAUCCUGAAAUACAGGACAAAUGUCGAGCAGAAAUUGAAAAGAUCACCGAUCUAAAUAGACCUGUCACAAUGGAAGAUAAACGACACUUGACAUACGUUGCAGCGACUCUACUUGAAGUCCAGAGAAUUGCUCCUGUUGCUCCACUCACAGUUCCACAUGCCUCUGUACUAGACACAACACUGGGAGGUUAUGAUAUUCCAAAAAAUACCAUUGUUCAAUUCAAUUUAAUGGCUGCUCAUUAUGAUCCGAAGUAUUGGGAUAAACCAGAGGAAUUCCGACCUGAGAGAUGGAUUGGAGAAAAUAAUGAGUUAAAGAAAAAUGAGGCUUAUAUGCCUUUCUCUUUGGGUCCCAGAAUAUGUGCAGGAAUAUCACUAGCCAAUAUUGAAACUUUCAUGGCCUUUACAAAUAUCUUACAAAGAUUUAAGCUGGAAAGUCCAGACGAAACACCAAUGACAAUGGAAGGCAAACAAUCAGGAAUUACUUAUGUUCCAGUAAAUGAUAAUAUCCGUGCAAUACCACUGUGAGAUAUAUUUGAGGGCACCACUUCACAGUACACUGGCUAUACAGUUGAAAGUAUAUCACCUUGAUGUAAAAAAAUAUCAAAUUUCUGUAAAAUACUGCUAUUUUUUGAAAUGGUAUUUCACGAAAUUACAUAAAUUUCAGUUCCUUGACCUACACGCUACUGUUACCAAUAUGUGUGCAGGAUUAUCUACCCAUAAACUUCAUAAAAUUUAGAGGAUAGAAAUAGAUACGACAACAACUAUUCCUACGAUAGUUGCAAUGUUUAAUUUAAUCAAUAAAGCUCCAGUAUUUUAUUAUU